UUUAAAGAGCCAAAACUACACGUAAACGUAUUAGAAUUAUUUUCAACCUUUCCCUGACGCUUCCCACUCUUAUUCCAAGGCUUUUGCCUUCCGAUUCCACGAAGAAGAACUUUCUCGCAGGGCGUGGUGGGAUAGGAGACUCCUCGGUGGAGGACUGAAACAGUGCCCCAGCUGGCCGGCUAGCAGCAGAGAAGAUGGCUGCAGAGGGGAUUUUGAGGCCACUGUCUGAAAACAGAGCACCGUUUGUCAUGUUGAACGACGACUAGCCAGCGUGUCACCCCGGAGCUUCGGCUGCUCGGUUCCGCCCGUGUUCGUCGGCGUGGAUUAAAACGACAUGGGGUCGCAGACUCUCCAGAUCCUGAGGCAGGGGGUCUGGGCUUCAGUCACAGGCGGAUGGUACUACGACCCCGACCAGAACACAUUCGUCAACGCUUUACAUCUCUACAUCUGGCUGUUUCUGCUAUGUUUCCCCUUCACGCUGUACAUGGCCCUGCCGCCCACCAUGGUGAUCGUGGGAAUCUACUGUGGUGUGAUCGCUGCCAUCUUCCUGCUGCUGAAGACGGUGAAUUACCGCCUCCACCAUGCCCUGGAUGAGGGGGAGGUGGUGGAGCACCAAGCCAAGGAGAAUCAGGGCAGCAGAGGUGGCACCGAGGGGGCCAACGAUGGAGGCGUCACCCGCCGGGAGGACAGGAACGGCCCGGGGAACUCCUAUAUAGGGAUGGAGUCUAACCAGCAGCUUGCAUCCUCACACGGGAGAGCAACAGCUGUUAAAGGAGAUGUGGGAAAAACCUCGGACGAUGUCAGUUUGACUCUUGUCGAGAGCUGCAGUCACGAUCAUGAUUUACUCUCGGACACAAAGAUGUUCUGCCUUGUUCCCAACGAUUCCUUCGCCUCCCUGCAGCCGUCCACCUCCCUGUGUCCUUCAGAGCUGUCCAGGGAGCCUGCUGACCUGUGCAACUCCGCCGCUUAUCACUUCAGCCUGUCGCACUCGUCCUGCGACACGGAGGUGAUCCCCCACGGACCCAUGCAGUCUCAGAGCUUCAGGAAGGAGCCCCGUACCCGGGGCCUGCCUCGGACCUCCAGCUCGGCGGGCUCCGCUUUCCCGGACCCGUGCCUGCCAGACUUUGGCUUGUACCCGCCGCCCAGGAGGGUGGGCCUCGACCCCGUGUGCGAGCUCGAGGCCGCCAGGCCACACCGACCAGCAGCGGGCGACAGAGAGGGGGCCGAGCAGCUUUACCAGCAGGACCCGGCCGUGCCCUCCACCUCCGGGGUGGAAUGCUACAGGCACAAAGAGCCCCGCCGGGUCGCUCGCUCGGUCUCCAGGGAGGCCGGCGAAGGCAGCCCGGGCCUGUACCAGGUGGAGGCGGGCGCGGGCGGGAAAGCCUCCAGCGGAGGGGGGAAGUCCCGGGGAGGGGAGCGCAGUGCCGACAGCCUGAGGAGCCUCAGCACCCGGAGCAGCGGCUCCACGGAGAGCUACUGCAGCGGCACCGACCGCGACACCAACAGCACGGUCAGCAGCUUCCACAGCGAGCAGACCAGCUCCACGCACGUGGAGAGCCUGCUCUCGCUCUCGGGGGACGAGCGCGCCCGCGACCGAGCGGAGGCCGCGCCCGCCACCGCCCCCGCGGGCGGCAGGACUUCCAGCCUCGGCAGCCUGAGCUCGCGAGGCCUCGGCAACCUCCCCUCCAGAGAGGCCAACAAGAACCCCCACGCCAACGAGCUGACCGCCACACAAACCGCCGACACACCCUCCGCCGCAGGCCAGGAGCCGGCGGAGGCCGGCGGGGGCCCGGACGAGCCGGGCGUGAGGACCAGCGCCGACGGCUCUCCGGGCGCAGGGGCCACGGAACAGGAGCCAGCCAAGGACGAGGCUCUCUUAAGACCGGCCAACAUUGUCCAGAGGACUUCCUCGCUGUCGGCCGGACGGAACGGCCGCCGACAGACCAGCAAGAAACGGGCGAGCAGCUUCGACGCCAGCCGCCACCGGGACUACUUGUCUUUACGCGGCGUGGCUAAGCCCUGCUGUGCUGUCUUUACUGGUGGAGAGGAGGACUCUAGCGAUCAGAGUGAACUCAGCUGUGCCUCCAGUCUGCACUCCGCCCACCAUGUAAGUACAGACAGCUCAUCCAGCACCACCUCCCGCUCCCGCCACUCAUCAGAGGGCCACCUCAGGGCCCGGAAAGCCAAGCAUGCAGCAGCCAACGCACCCUCCUCCUCUUCCUCCUCCACAGUAAAAGCCGCGCGCUCUGAGGCGGGCGCGCGCAGCGGGGGCAGGCGGCGCGCCUCCCGCCGCGUGCCCAGCACAGGUAGCGCCAAAACGCAUGCCCGAGUGUUGAGUUUGGACAGUGGCACCGCCGCUUGCCUUAACGACCCCAGCCGCCUGGGCGCCCCACCGGGGCCCCGGCCCCUCACCACCUCCAAGUCGGACUUGGAAGCCAAAGAAGGGGAAGUCCUGGAUGCCGCUUCUCUGCUGGGUCGGGCAUCCCAGCUGGAGUCAGUGACCCGCUCCAGAAACAGUCUGCCAAACCAGACAGCUUUCACUGAGCCUCAGGACGCCACCGCUGCUUCACUGCGGGCACCUGGAAGCGAAGAGACGGUCAUAUUCCGUCGUGAACGUAGCACGUUUCGUCGGCAGGCCAUGCGGCGGCGGCACAAUGCAGGGAGUAACCCCACCCCUCCCACCUCGCUCAUUGGAUCUCCUCUCAGUCUUCAGGAGGCCCUCAGCCAGGCCUCCCAGCCUUCUACUUCCCAGGUGAAAAGCCAGCCAUCCAGAACCCCGUCCCAGGUGACCGUGCUGAGCACGAGCACCUCCCUGCUGGCCAAGAACGGAAGCGCGCACCUGGAAGGCUCUCAGGACAAGGCCUCAACUGUCGGCGCCACCAGCUUGCAGGACGACUUUGGAAAACUGACCCCCUCCUUAUACGAGGCCGGUGGAUGCGACAUGUCUCUGGUCAAUUUUGAACCCGCAACCAGACGAGCCUCCAAUAAUCUAUGGGAUACUGACUCCCACCUCUCCAGUUCUACCUCAGUUCGCUUCUACCCUCACGACCUGAUCUCCCUCCCUCAGAUCCGUCUAAAUCGCCUGCUGACAAUGGACCCAGAGCUGCUAGAGCAGCAGGACGGCGAUCUCAGCCCGGAGCUCCAGGACACACCACUGGGACCAGAGGACACUACAGCCUCUGCUGCUGCUGGCAAAGCCAAGCAGUAUUACCGCCUGUGGCUUCUCCCCUACCUGUGGGUAGGCCUGCACUUUGACCGGCUUACCCUGCUGGCACUGUUUGACAGGAACCGUGAGGUUUUGGAGAACGUGCUGGCAGUGGUGCUCGCCGUCCUGGUGGCCUUUCUUGGUUCGGUGCUGCUCGUCCACGACUUCUUCACGGACAUCUGGGUCUUUCAGUUCUGCCUCGUCAUUGCAAGUUGCCAGUAUUCCCUGUUAAAGAGUGUUCAACCAGACUCCUCAUCACCCCGACAUGGCCAUAAUCGCAUCAUAGCGUACAGCCGGCCUGUGUACUUCUGCCUGUGCUGCGGCCUCAUUUGGCUGCUGCACUACGGCAGCCUGAAGAUCACUUCGUCGCGCAUCACCCUUUACGGAGUGGCGCUCACCAGCUCCCUGGUGCUCACCUCCGCCAGAGACCUCGUCAUAGUCUUCACUCUGUGUUUUCCCAUCAUCUUCUUCGUGGGGCUGCUGCCACAGGUCAACACGUUCGUCAUGUACCUCUUCGAGCAGCUAGACAUCCACGUGUUCGGGGGCAAUGCCUCCACAAGCCUUCUGUCGGCGCUGUACAGCGUGCUGCGCAGCGUCGUCACCGUUGCUCUGCUCUACGGCUUCUGUUACGGAGCCCUUAAGGAGACCUGGGAGCCUCAGCACAUCCCCGUCUUAUUCUCUGUGUUCUGCGGCCUUUUGGUGGCAGUGUCGUACCAUCUGAGCAGGCAGAGCAGCGACCCCUCUGUCCUCAUCUCACUGAUACAGUCCAAGAUUUUACCCAAUUUAAGAGACAAGAACCCAGAGGACCCCCUGUCAGAGGUGCAGGACCCUCUGCCAGAGAAGCUGAGGGCCUCAGUGAAUGAGCGCCUGCAGUCAGACCUGAUCGUCUGUGUGGUGAUUGCAGUCCUUUACUUCGCCAUCCACGUCAGCACAGUAUUCAUAGCCUUGCAGCCUUUCCUCAGUUAUGUCCUGUACGCCCUGUUGGGGACGGUGGGCCUGCUCACACACUACCUUCUGCCUCAAGUCCGAAAGCAGCUGCCCUGGUACUGCUUCUCCCACCCUCUGCUCAAGACCAAGGAGUACUAUCAGUUUGAAGUCAGAGACGCGGCCCACGUUAUGUGGUUUGAAAAGCUCCACGUGUGGCUGCUGUUCGUGGAAAAGAACAUUCUCUAUCCCCUGGUCAUCCUGAACGAGCUGAGCGGCAGCGCCCGAGAACUGGCCAGCCCAAAGAGGCUCGAUACCGAGGUCGGUGCUUUGAUGAUCACGAUUGCGGGCCUGAAGCUGCUCCGCUCCUCCUACAGCAGCCCGACCUACCAGUACAUCACCAUCCUCUUCACCGUCCUCUUCUUCACCUUCGACUACCGUCACCUGUCCGAGACGCUGCUGCUCGACCUCUUCCUCAUGUCCAUCGUUUUCACCAAGUUGUGGGAGCUGUUUUACAAGCUGCAUUUUGUCUACACCUACAUUGCUCCGUGGCAGAUCACAUGGGGCUCGGCCUUCCACGCCUUUGCUCAGCCGUUCGCUGUGCCUCACUCGGCCAUGCUGUUCGUCCAGGCCGUAGUGUCGGCGGUCUUCUCCACACCCCUCAACCCCUUCCUCGGCAGCGCCAUCUUCAUCACCUCUUACGUCCGCCCUGUCAAGUUUUGGGAGCGAGACUAUAACACCAAAAGAGUUGAUCACUCAAACACUCGACUGGCCUCUCAGCUGGACAGAAAUCCAGGCUCAGACGACAACAAUCUGAACUCCAUCUUCUACGAGCACCUGACCCGCUCCCUGCAGCACAGCCUUUGUGGAGACCUCCUCCUGGGCCGCUGGGGGAACUUCAGCACCGGGGACUGCUUCAUCCUGGCCUCCGACUACUUGAACGCUCUGGUGCAUCUCAUCGAGAUCGGCAAUGGUCUGGUCACCUUUCAGCUCCGCGGGCUGGAGUUCAGAGGAACCUACUGCCAGCAGAGGGAAGUCGAGGCCAUCACCGAGGGCGUUGAGGAGGACGAGGGAUGCUGCUGCUGCGAGCCGGGCCACCUGCCUCACGUCCUGUCCUUUAACGCCGCUUUCGGCCAGCGCUGGCUGGCCUGGGAGGUGCUGGUCACCAAAUACGUUCUGGAGGGCUACAGCAUCACCGAUAACAGCGCCGCCUCCAUGCUGCAGGUGUUCGACCUGCGCCGCAUCCUCACCACCUACUACGUUAAGGGUAUUAUUUACUACGUCGUCGCUUCCCCCAAACUGGAGGAGUGGCUGGGCAAUGAGACCAUGAAAGACGGGCUGCGGGGCUGCGGCGAGAGGAACUACGUCGACCUGGACCCCACCUUCAACCCCAACAUCGACGAGGACUACGACCACCGGCUCGCAGGCAUCUCCAGGGACAGUUUUUGCGGGGUCUACUUGGGUUGGAUCCAGUACUGCAACUCUAGAAGGGCCAAGCCGCUUGACAGCGAGAAAGACUCUAACCUGGUGCUGCUCUGCUUCGGCCUGUGCGUGCUGGGAAGGAGAGCUCUGGGCACUGCAGCCCAUCACAUGUCCAGCAAUCUGGAGUCUUUCCUCUUUGGACUCCACGCACUGUUUAAGGGGGAUUUCCGAAUCUCGUCGGUGCGGGACGAGUGGAUCUUCGCCGACAUGGAGCUGCUCAGGAAAGUCGUGGUACCUGGAAUCCGAAUGUCUCUCAAGUUGCACCAGGACCACUUCACCUCCCCGGACGAGUACGACGAGCCAGCUGUUCUUUUCGAGGCCAUCUCCGCCCACCAGCAGAACCUGGUCAUCGCUCACGAAGGCGACCCCGCCUGGAGGAGCGCCGUGCUGUCCAACGCCCCCUCCCUCCUCGCCCUGCGCCAUGUCCUUGACGAAGGCACCAACGAGUACAAGAUCAUAAUGCUCAAUCGACGAUACCUCAGUUUCCGCGUCAUCAAGGUGAAUAAAGAAUGUGUCCGAGGCCUCUGGGCGGGACAGCAGCAGGAGCUGGUGUUCCUGAGAAACAGGAACCCAGAGCGUGGGAGCAUCCAGAACGCCAAACAGGCCCUGCGUAACAUGAUCAACUCGUCAUGUGACCAGCCGAUCGGAUAUCCAAUCUACGUGUCUCCGCUGACCACCUCCUACUGCAACUCGCACCCACAGCUCGGACACAUCUUGGGAGGCCCCAUCAGCAUCGCCAACAUCCGCAACUUUGUCGUCAGCACCUGGCACAGGUUACGGAAGGGCUGUGGUGCCGGCUGUAACAGCGGAGGGAAUAUCGAGGACUCGGACGCCGGGGGGCUGUCGAGCGGCAGCGGAAAUGCGACCGGCGGCGACUCUCAGCAAAGCUCCAUGUCGCAGGGUGGUAACUCUGGACCUGCUCCCCCUCAUUCAUACCAGCCACAUUCUCUGGGCACCAGUCAGAGUUCUCAGUCUGUUCAGUCCGGCCUGGUGCGCCACUCCCCCGCCCGAGCCUCGAUGGCCAGCCAGUCGUCGUCGUACCGCUACAGCAGCAGCCGCCACUCCUCCCUCCGCACCUCCACCACGGGCCUGGAGCCCUGCCGCCGCUCCUCCACCAGCCAGCUGUCCCUGCGCACGCUCCCCACCUCCCUGCAGCUGCGCCUGGGCUCCACCUCCGACCCCGCCGGCCCCUCGUCCUCGCUCUCCAGCCACAGCAUCCCGCCCUGCAAGCGCCACACGCUGGUGGGGCUCCUGGGCAACGACGGCCUGUGCAACGCCGUGACGGACCCCCUCAGCCAGCAUCACCACCACCACCAUCACAACCCCUGCUUCUCCACCGCGCGGAGAGACGACAUCUCCUACAGAGUGCAGAUUGUGGACUUGAGUCAGGUGCUGGAGAACAUCAACCUAUCGAAGCGGAAGGAGCUGCAGUGGCCCGACGAGACCGUGAGACUAAGGGCAGGACGGACUUGCUGGAGAGACUGGAGCCCCGUCGAGGGCAUGGAAGGGCAUGUGAUUCACCGGUGGGUGCCUUGUAGUCGAGACCCAGCCAAUCGUUCCCAUAUCGACAAGACCAUCCUGCUGGUACAGGUGGAAGAUAAGCUAGUGCCCAUUAUUGAGACUGGGGUCAUUGAGUUGGGCGCAGAGGACGCCGCAGCCUGCAGCAAACAGGGAAGAGGAGCUUUCACCUCCCCACGUUCCUCAAUCGCUUUGUGGGUAAGGAAGCCAGGGAAAAGUGCAACCACAGGCAGAGUAUACACUUAUCCAACAUGCUUUAAUGCAGCAGCACACAUCCACAGUAUCUGCCUUGCGUUGUCUCAGAAAUGCUGCAUGACAGUAAAAAAAAACAAAAACAAAAAGAAAGAAAAAGAAAAGAAAAAACCUUAA